AUUCCGAAAUUCGAACUUGCCGCUCUUUACAGUUAUUCAUGUUCCUCGCUUUAACAUCUCUUUCCGAUAAUAACGUCAACUCGAAGCGUUUUAUCGCGCUGGGAUUCGUACAAAAAUCAGCUUUAAUCCCAAGCAUCGUUGAUUUUUAAGGCAAAAUGUUGAUGCCCAAGAAGAACCGUGUUACCAUUUACGAAUACCUCUUCAAAGAGGGAGUAAUGGUUGCUAAGAAAGACUACCAUGCACCAAAGCAUCCCGCAACGGAGCUUGAGACUAUUCCCAAUCUUCAGGUCAUCAAGGCUAUGCAGUCACUGAAAUCCAGAGGAUAUGUAAAGGAACAGUUUGCAUGGAGACAUUUUUACUGGUACCUAACAAAUGACGGUAUCGAAUACCUUCGUGGAUAUCUGCAUCUCCCCCCAGAAAUUGUUCCAUCGACGCUCAAGAGACAGCCCAGACCAGAAACCACAAGGCCGAGGCCAGCUGCUGGAUCAAAGAGCGAAAGCUCCAGACCCGCGGAAGACCGCGCUGGAUACAGACGCGGACCUGGUGGUCCUCCAGCUCCGGGUGACAAGAAGGCAGAUAUUGGACCUGGUACUGGCGAUCUUGAGUUCCGUGGCGGUUUCGGACGAGGCAAAGCUCCGCAAUAACUGAUUUGUACGAUUUAAAAUGAAAAUAAACGUGUCAUAUCCUGGCGUUUAAAAAAAA